AGAUUUGGGGUUGUUUUUGGUGAAUUUAGGGAUAUUUUGGGCAGAUUUGGUGAUGUUUUGGGUGAAUUUGGGGAUGUUUUGGGUGGAUUUAGGGAUAUUUUAGAUGCAUUUGGGGAUAUUUUGGGCAGAUUUGGGGAUGUUUUUGGUGAAUUUAGGGAUAUUUUGGGCAGAUUUGGUGAUGUUUUGGGUGGAUUUGGGGAUGUUUUGGGUGGAUUUAGGGAUAUUUUAGAUGCAUUUGGGGAUAUUUUGGGCAGAUUUGGGGAUGUUUUUGGUGAAUUUAGGGAUAUUUUAGAUGGAUUUGGGCAUGUUUGGGUAAAUUUGGGGAUGUUCGGGCUCUGUGGGCGGGGCUUGACUCAGACCACGCCUCCUCCCCAGCAACCAAAACAACUCCGUGCCUUACAUGGCCACGCCCAGUGUAUAAACCCCGCCCCCUCCCCUCUCAGCCAAUCCCCGCCCUCUCCCACCACACAAGCCCCGCCCCCUCAGCCGUUACCCCUUGGCGGGCGAACCUCCACCCUCCCUGACCCCGCCCCGCGCUCCCAUUGGCUCUCCCCGCUCCCACCUCGCUCUCCCAUUGGCCAAACCCCACGGGGGGCGGGCCCACCCCUCCCACCUCGCCCCGCCAUUGGCCGCAAUGUGCGCGCGGCGGUUUGAAGGCGCGCGGGACAAGAUGGCGGCGCCGCCUCAGGCCGGUCCCGCAGCGCUCCCGGGGCCGCGCCCGGGGCUCUCGCGGCUGCCGGUGGCCCGGGGCCAGGAGAAGCGGGCCCCGUCCGAGGGCCCGCCCGCCGCUCCUCCCCAGCAGAAACGAUCGCGGACCGGGCUCGGGCCCGGAGCUGCCAAGGCCGCGCCCAAGGCCCCGCUCAGGGCCCCGCUGCGAACGCUGGGCCCCGCCGCGGCCGCGGGGAAGAACGAUGGCCCUCGGAAGGCGGCGUCAGUGGCAGCUGCUCCCAGGGCAGGCUCAGCCACGAGCACGGCGAGCUCCAAGGGCGCCCCCAAGCGGCCGCCCUGGGACCUGCGGGGGCAGCUCGGGGACCUGCGGGAGGCGCUGGGCCGGGCCCAGGAGCGGCUGCAGGGCCUGGACAGCGAGAAAAGGGAACUGGAGAGCGGCAACCGAGCCCUGAGAGAGCGGCUGCAGCAGCUGCAGAGGGAGCUGGGGGAGAGGGAGAGCAGAGAGAGCAGCCUGUGCACCAGGAGGGAGCUGGGAGAGAGGGAGAGCCGGGAGAGCAGCCUGUGCACCAGGGUCGGCUCCCUGGAGCUGGAGGUGUCUCAGUGCCGUGAGGAGCUGGAGCAGAGCCGGGGCCGGGUGGAGGCCCUGGAGGCCGAGGAGCGGCGGCUGCAGGCGCAGGAGCAGCAGCGGCGGCAGGAGAGGGACGAGGCCCUGGGCCGGGCACAGGCGCUGUCGGAGCAGCUGGAGAACACUGGGGCCCAGCUGCAGCAGGCGCAGCAGCAGCUGCAGGAGCAGCUGGAGCAGGUGGCGGCGCUGCGCGAGCUCGAGGCCUCGCAGCGGGCGCUGCUGGCCGAGCACGAGGAGCGCAUCCACCUGCUGGAGAUGGAGCGGCGCCGCCUGCACAACGACAUCCAGGAGCUCCGGGGGAACAUCCGCGUGUUCUGCCGCGUGCGGCCGCUGCUGCCCGAGGAGCGCGAGCGCCAGCGGGGGCUGCCCCACCUGCACUUCCCCCCGCAGGACGCGCGCAGCCUGGUGCUCACCCGGCCCGACGAUUCGCAGGUGGGCCGGGAGCGGCGGGCGGAGCUGCGCUACGACUUCAGCUUCGACCGCGUCUUCCCGCCCGGGGCCUCGCAGCAGGAGAUCUUCAGGGAGAUCCAGCUGCUGGUGCAGUCGGCGCUGGACGGGUACCCCGUGUGCAUCUUCGCCUACGGGCAGACGGGCAGCGGCAAAACCUUCACCAUGGAGGGCCCCGCUCCGCCCGGCGCCCCCGAGUCGCGGGGGAUGAUCCCGCGGGCCGUGCGCCACCUGUUCCGCGGCGCCCAGGACCUGGCGGGCAAGGGCUGGCAGUACGGCUUCUCCGCCAGCUUCCUGGAGAUCUACAACGAGGGCCUGCGGGACCUGCUGCUGGCCAAGGGCGAGCGCGGCUCCGAGCUGGAGAUCCGCAGGCUGGCACCCGACAGCGACGAGCUGCACGUGCCCAACCUCACCUGGGUGCCUGUGGAGAGUGAGGAGCAG